AUAACGACCCCUCGCGCUGUUUUGUUUGAUUAUUUGUGACUCCCGCCCGUACGUUCCACAACGGCUUCAGGCCUUCACUCUCUUGUUUCGCUGUCAUCUUUCGAGCUGUUCUGUCGCAGGCUGCUUUCAGAUCCUGUCGAAAUGCUGAUGCAGGCUUCCAGGCUGAACUCCGCUUAACUUCCACAAGUGAGGUCAUAAUAUUACACUACAAAGCAUUGUGGUGUUGGAUCGAUUUGUCACCACCGGCUUCGUGCUGUUCAUGUAUUUGGAUCUUUUUUUCUAACAUUACAUGUUCAAGGGCCGCGCAGCUCGAGACGCCGAGACGUACGCGACCCAGCGACCGCGGACAGGAGGAGCAUGAGACCGAGAAGGAUGAUCAUUGAGGCGCCCUCGGGGGAUGCCCGCCCCAAGAGCCGCCCGAGUACCGCCCGCCCCGCCCCGCCGUGGCCGCGCCGCCCAUGUCGCCGGGGGGCGAGGGCACGAGGCUGCUGCGGAGGGAGGCGGAGGGCGGCCGCGGCGGGGCGCUGCGAUGGAGGGCCCCCGAGGGCCCGGCGGGGCAGGCCCGGCGAGGGCCACGGGAGGCCGAUCUUUCCUCGAGGCGCUCGAUGUCUGGGGAGCGGCUCCCCGAGGCCUACCCCGCGGUGGUGCCGUGGGACGUCCUUUGCCUGUGCGUGCUGCUCGCGCCGCUGCUGCUGGCGGCGGCCGUGUCGCCCGUGGUGGCCCUGUGGGCCCUCGGCACGGCUGCCUCCGCCGGGGGCGGGGGCGCGGCGUACCUCGCCGGGCUGCCGGGGGCCCUCCGCGGCGCGGCGUUCCUGGCCGGCGCGGCCUUCCUCGGGUCCCUGGCCCUUGUUCCCAGGCGCGUGGCCCGCGAGCCCGACGCGCUCCGGAUAGACUUCCCAGGGGCCGGCGCGUCCCGCUGGGCGAGGUGCUGGAGCUGGAGGUGCUGGGGUUUGGCGGCCUCUGCUCUUUCCUGGACCUCCUCGCGAGGUGGCGCACAUUUCCCUUCGGGCGGACGCUCCGCUGCUUCGCCGGGCUUCCUUCGAGCCAGGGCGUCGUGUUCGUGCUCCUGACAGCGCGGUGUUUCUGGAGUUACGUCUUCUGCCUAGAGGACCCGGUGCAGUUCCUGGUGGACAACCAGAAACCGCUCGAUCUCGGAGCAAGAUACCGAGUUUUGUCAAAGGUUCUCGUGAGAGAGGGCGAGUCGUUCAAGUCGGCCCAGGUCACGAACGUGAGCUGCGGCUGCUCCCUGAGAGUGGAGGAGCAGAGGGGCCGGCGUGUUCGGGUGACCUUCGGCGCCGAGGUUUCGAGGAUGGCCUGGCCAAAGCUGCGGGUGGAUGGCGAGCUGGAAGGCUGGAUAUCGUACGUCACUCCCCUCCUUGACAGCCGGCGCUCCAGGCCGCAGGGGCCCCAAGGCGGAGGAACCCGAGUGAGAGAUGACGCUGGCGCCGCGCGAGGGGCCUGGCGCACUUCCCCAGCUCCCUGCCUUGUAAAAGAUCGACCCUUCCGUUCUUCGUGUUUGCUGGAUGCUCUGUACGCUUUGGCCGGCGGAGGGUCUCGUGUUCUUGAGGGAUGCUCUGCUGGCCCAGGCCUGACUGUAUGUCAAGCGCCACGGGGCUCGACCCGCAAGCGAGCGACUCGGACUAGAGCCAUGCCCUGGGGUGAC